AUGACAUUGGGCUCCUUUUAUGAAAAAAGAAAAAUCAUAUUUUCAAAUCUUCCCACGGAUUUUGUCUGGAGGGAUCUCGGUGCCGUAACGGGUGUGAAGGAUCAGGGAUCUUGUGGAUCUUGCUGGUCGUUCAGUGCGGUCGGGGCGCUGGAAGGGGCAAAUUUUCUAUCCACUGGCAAUCUUGUGAGUCUCAGCGAGCAGCAGAUGGUCGAUUGUGAUCACACGUGUGAUGCGUCUGAGCCUGGUGCAUGUGAUUCCGGAUGCAAUGGUGGGUUGAUGACAACUGCUUUUGAGUAUGUGCUCAAUUCAGGUGGGCUUGAGACAGAGAAAGACUACCCAUAUACAGGAACUGACGGAGGUGGCUGCAAAUUUAGGGAGGAGAAGAUUGCUGCUUCUGUUGCUAACUACAGUGUUGUCUCGGUCGAUGAAGCUCAAAUUUCUGCCAACCUUGUGAAGCAUGGCCCUCUUGCAGUGGCUAUCAAUGCGCUAUACAUGCAGUUCUACAUCAGCGGAGUCUCUUGCCCCUACUUAUGCAGUAGGAAUCAGGAUCAUGGUGUGCUUCUGGUGGGCUAUGGCUCUGCUGGCUAUGCUCCGAUUCGCUUGAAGAAUAAGCCAUACUGGAUCAUAAAGAACUCUUGGGGCGAGAACUGGGGCGAAAAUGGCUACUACAAGGUUUGCAAGGGUCGUAACAUCUGCGGCGUCGAGUCCGAGGUGUCUACCGUCACCGUUUCCAAGGCAGCUCAUCGAGGUUCUCUCAAUUGAAAUAUUAAAUGUAGUAAUCUUCUGUACAAAAAUGUAUAAUGCUUUUGCUGCCGGUGCAGCAAUAUACUUCUGGAUCGUCAUGUUUUUAUACUUAUGUAAGCUAAUUCCUAUGGAAACAACAGGUAAGUACUCAUAUCAGUACUCUUUUUAAUUAAGUCUGUAAGCAGUUACCUUAAUCUAUAUAUGCAUAAUUGUAUAUUCAUA